UUCGUCUUCUGAUCAGUUCAGUCAUGAACAUUUUGUGCACUUAUAUCAUCUUUGGACUAUUAAAAGCAAGCUUUGUAGCAGCACGUUGGAGUACAUGGGGAGCUUGGGGCCACUGCAGCGUGACCUGUGGGACAGGAACAAUGGUUUCACAUAGGACCUGUUCACAUCACGGAUCAUGUGAUGGAUCGUCUUCAAAGACCUCGCAUUGUCAUCCCAGACCACAUACCUGCCCACCAGUUGACGGCCACCUGACAGCAUGGGGACAUUGGGGCUCCUGCUCAGCAACCUGUGAAGGGACCAGGACACGAACUCGGGUAUGUCACCCUCCAGAACACGGUGGGGCUCCAUGCGGGGGAAGUACUGUCGAAACGUCAGGAUGUGGCGCUUCGCACUGUCCAGUAAACGGAGGGUGGUCAGGGUGGAAUCAUCCAUCCGCGUGUAGUGUCACGUGUGGUGGAGGAGUAAGAACAAGGACUCGAACUUGUAACCACCCGACUCCAGCCUACGGUGGCCACCAGUGUCCGGGGGUAUCACACAUGAGUGAACAUUGCAAUGAAAACCAUUGUCCAGUUAACGGAGGGUGGUCAGGGUGGAAUCAUCCAUCCGCGUGUAGUGUCACGUGUGGCGGAGGAGUAAGAACAAGGACUCGAACUUGUAACCACCCGACUCCAGCCUACGGCGGCCACCAGUGUCAGGGGGUAUCACACAUGAGUGAACAUUGCAAUGGAAACCCAUGUCCAGUUGACGGAGGGUGGUCAGGGUGGAAUCAUCCAUCCGCGUGUAGUGUCACGUGUGGCGGAGGAGUAAGAACAAGGACUCGAACUUGUAACCACCCGACUCCAGCCUACGGCGGCCACCAGUGUCAGGGAGUAUCACACAUGAGUGAACAUUGCAAUGGAAACCCAUGUCCAGUGAAUGGUGUCUUAUUGGCCUGGGGAGACUGGUCACCGUGCAGUGUAACCUGUGGGAGCGGAUCAAGGGUGAGAUCCAGGGCCUGUAUUCCACCAAAGUACGGGGGUCUCAAUUGUACCGGACCGUUGUUUGAAAUAAAUAACUGUAUUCAAGUUCCAUGUCAAACUCCACCAGCAGGUGUUGCUUGCCCUAGCUGUACCGAGCAUAUAGAGUGCACAUGGAACACCACCUGCCAUGUGUCGGAUAUCUGUAUGGUCCGAUCUCUCUCUAUCACAGGAUUCAAAUUCACUACGCACUGCAUCAUGAAAGACGACUGUCUUCUCCUGAAAAUGCUGGCAAAUAAAACACAUGGAGAAGUUUUCUGUUGUCCUGAUGAAAACUGUGUACGAGCACUGAUAGUGCAAUAGAGGAAUCUACAAAUGUCCAAAACAUUAACGUGCAAAACGGAUUGUAAUUCAUUUUAAUUGAUUAAAAAGAAUUGAAAUUGUU